UGGAAGCCAUUAUAGAUAUCCUGUCCUUCGCUGGAGCAGGGAUGUCUGCGGAAACUGGGAGCUGCUGUGCUGUCCCUGACCUGCUUGUUACAAGCAUUUCAUGAGACAAAGUUGGAGAGGCAUCGUCAGUGGAAAGGGACGUGCAAGAUAACACGUGCUGAAUGGACUGGAGAAGAGCGAGGCUUUUGAUCUAAUAAGGAGCAAUACUGAAUGCUGCAUUUUUCAUAGCAGAUCUUGCAUAUUUGAUGCCUGUUCUAUAGACCAUCUUUCUCUUACAGUAUGCUGAACAUUGGUUUAAAUGUAAGCUUUGAAUAAUACAAAGUGUACUGACAGGGAACAUAGAUGGCCUUCCACUGGGAUUUGGUGAUGUGAGCCAACCAUGGCAGAAAGCUGGAGACAGCAGUCCCUGUGCAGCUAAUGCAUCAUCAGACUCACUGACCUGCCUGCAUGUGAGCUGCAUGCAGUCCUGGGCUGACUCCCUGAUCCGCAGCAAAGAUGGGCACAGAGGGGUUGGAAUGUUGGUAUGGAAAUAGUCGGAUUAGGAAAACAUCUUUGUUCUGUUAAGAAAAGCAGGCUGCCCUUAGGCUGAAGAUUUUUCAUCCAAACAGGAGAGAAAUAGGCGCAGGAGGGAUUUGAGUCUCAGUAUACCAAAACAUAAGGAGUCUAUAGGUUGAAAAAGACGUAAAUAUGCAAAGCCCAUCUUCUCCACCCAACCUGCCACAUCUGUAACAGAGCCCUAUGCCUCCCACCUUGGUGACGUUGCCGUCCCCUUUCGAGCGGUGCGUUUUGCUCCCAGCAGCGUUUCCCCAGGCUGGAGCCGUUCCAGCCGGCAGCUCCUGGCUGAACACUCCGCACGGUGGCGCCGUUGCUCAGCGCGGCCGCCGCAUCCCUCGUAGCGCCGAGCAGAACCGGCCCGGCCCGGCCCGGCCCGGGGGUGCCAGGCGGGCAGAGGGUGGAACGGACUCCUCGAACCGGACUCCUGCAGCGAGGUGAGUCCAUGUGCGAAGUCCUCAUCUUGGCUGUGAUUCCAGCUUGGUUUGCUGUUUUAAAGUGAGAGAAGGGAAAGCCUUUAGCAUCGUUUGCUCCAGUUACUCGCCUGCUUUUCUUUAACUGUCCUAAGUUUUUUCCUCUAUGCUCUGCAGCACCUGCCUGUGCCAGCAGACUUAGCUGCACCGGGCUGUGCCUCUGUUCUGGUACAGCAACCAUCUGUUUGCCCAGAGAGAGAGAGCAGGAGGCCGGUGGGAGGAAGAGAAGGUUUUGCCUCUGCUGUUGUGAGAUUGGUUUCAGCAUACAGGUACUGCUUUCCCUUCUUCCUAACUUUUUCUUGCUUUCCUAACCACUUGUUUGUGUCCUGCUGUUUACCUCAUGGCUUGUACCUCACUGCGAGGCCAGGGGUGGGUUUCUGUGUCUUGUGCUCAUGUGGAAUCUAUUUAAGACCCUUUGCGGGGCCUCAUUCCAAGCUAUGUGCCCUUCAGCCUAACUCCAGAGCAGCAGUCUUGGCUUUUUAAGAGACUCGUUUGGAGUCCUGUAACACAUGGGGAAGUUUGGCAGUGUGGUGAACUGAGCAUAAAAAAGUCAGGGCCGUAUUGUUGAAUUAUGUAUGGAAUGGAUUUGUGUAUGCUUCGUCUUUUCUUCACCUUGUGUUGACAAGGAAACCUAAGUCGCAGGAAGGAAAACAUGAGAAAUAAAUGCUUUUUGAUGGCAAAGUAAAGGAACUUGAAAUGGGUUUCUGGAGAAGAAAGAUUAGCUGUCUCUGAUGCAUGGUGAUCUGCUUUCCUGAGCCUGAAUUAACUCCCAGCAGGGUGCAACUUAACAGCAGAGUUCAUCCUCCUGAGCGCCAGCAGAUGGGGCACAGCGGCGGUGGUUUUGUCUGCCUUGGAGCUGCAGGUUGUCGCUGAGGAAGGAAACUUCCUCCUUAAAGCCAAGCUAAAUAAGGAGUUUCUGGGCGGAGCCAUCUGCUGAGCAGCCUUGAUAAAAGCAUACAGGAUUUACGGAGCCUCAGACUGCAAUCGGCACAAACUGCAGCGUGCCAGACAGAGCGCUGCUCAGCUGCACAAUGGAGAGACAGCUGGAUAGGCUGUGCCUCCAAUUUCUUUGGGACUUUGUCAGAGCACAAGAGACAUUAAUCAUGUCACCGUUUUUUCCAGUGUUGUUUUCUUUUACAGCAUACAUGGCUUUCUGUCUUCCAUAUAUUGCACUGGACUUUUUAAGCACUAGGCUGCCAAACUUGAGAAAAUACAAAAUCCAGCCACAGAGCUCUCCAACUCUCGGAAUGAUGGUGCCUUGCUUUAUUCAGAGCGUGUAUCACCAUGUUGUGUGGAUUUUCCCGGUGACAUUUCUCCACUGGUACUGGAAACCAACAAAUCUACCGGUGAUGGCUCCAGAGCUGCCUCAGGUCCUGCUGCAAGUAGGAGUUUGCCUGCUUCUGUUUGAUUUCGAGUAUUUCUUGUGGCAUUUGCUUCAUCACAGAGUGCCUUGGCUCUACAAGACCAUCCACAAGGUGCAUCACAAGCAUAUAUCAACAUUUGCUCUUACUACACAGUAUUCCAGUGUAUGGGAGCUGCUGUCACUGGGAUUCUUUGCUGCCAUCAAUCCAUUCCUCCUCGGAUGCCAUCCUUUGACAGAAAUGAUUUUCUUCCUUGUCAACAUCUGGUUGUCAGUGGAGGACCAUUCAGGAUAUGACCUGCCGUGGUCAACUCACCGACUUGUGCCUUUUGGUUGGUAUGGAGGAGCACCACAUCAUGAUCUCCAUCAUCUGAAAUUCAAGUCAAACUAUGCUCCUUACUUCACCCACUGGGACAGACUCUUUGGGACAUACACAGAGUCACAUCCUAAUUAAGAAUGUUUGCCUAUUUGCCUGUGGAUGAGUUUUUUGUUUAUAAUCUAUACUGGGACACUGGCUUUUCAAAGCUAUACAGAAGAUUGUAUAUUUGAAGCUACUUAUAAAAUCUAUGACUAUUUAUAACAAAUCCUUUUAAUAUAUAUAUUUUUUUGUUUGUAUACUUGGAACUUCCUAUGCCAAAUGACUGCAUAAGAGAUAGUAAAUAUCUGUUACUUGAGUCUGAGUCAAAAUGUAAGGGAAGUGUUAAGAGACAUUCUCUCUUCUUUCCAGCUUUCAUAAAGCAUUUAUUGUUUUACUGUAUGAUGUUUUAUACAUACACCAGAAAAAAUAUCUUAUUGCUGUAAGAUGAUUUAUGAUGUAAACAGGGAAGGUACACAGCAUGGAUUUUGUGGAGUUGAACCUGCCAGAACAUGUUAUUGCACAAUGAUGUUGUAAAAAAAAUGCUGCCAGGCAAUCAGUACUAGUUUGCUGACUGUGCAAUAAUUUUGACAUUUGUGUUUUAAAUCUAUAUGUUUUUUCUCUUUUUAACAGGAAAUAAAUAUGGUCCUUCCUUUAAAAUUAUCUUCUGUUUCAAGUUAUUCAUUCCUCAGUUCGUAUUAUGAACAUAUGUGACUCCUUUUUCAUCGGUGUAGUUUAAUUUAGUUUCAGAGACAGGGUUUUCUGCUCAAGAUAUUGUCAGUUUAUUUCAGAAGUGAACUAAAUGUUUUUCUUUUUCUUCUUCAGAAUUGUGUUAUGUUUAAGUAAAGUUUGAAUAUUGAAUAAUGCA